AUGUACGACGGAGACCCAGAUUCUCUUAUCUCGUCAAUACGAAUGCACAUCUACGGUCCACCUGGUAUACGAUCCUUUGUUCGGUUCAAUCUCAGUAUCACCGAAACCAAUCUCGUUGGAAAAUAUGCCGUCCACGAGCUCUUGAAAAAGGAUGAGCAACCUUCUGUAUCAUGCUCUGAGGACCUGCUCCACGACAAUGAAGCUCCGGGAAUGGACAUCGUAGCCGAUGAAGAUGGGCUAUGGAAGGAGUUUCUUAACGACGGCGACUGGUCCGUUGACGCCGGGCAGAUUGUUCAUCGAAAAAAGUCAUUCUCCAGUGCCAAAUCGGACGUAUACCUCCCACAUCUCGACCGAAAUGCAGAAGCCUUGCGUGAACAGAACAUCCGCCACCCAUACUCGCUCAUCAAAACCAUCGUAAAUGACCGAAAGUCGGUAACACUUCCAGAUGGCACAGUUCUAGAGCCACCAACUCUUGAUAUACCAGGCAGAAAGGUGGUCGUCCUUGGCGACACUUGCGAACCUAGCGAAGUGAUCCCCAUAGCCAUGGACGCCAGUAUUCUCGUGCACGAGUCUACCAAUGCAUACAUCUCCAAGGAGAUAGCCAAGAACAUUAGAGGACUGGGUUCGAGCGGAACCCCGGAGAGCGUGCGCUACAAGGCAAUAGGAAGGGGACACUCGACCGCCGAGAUGGCCGGAGAAUUUGCAAAGAAGAUCAAGGCGAGGAGACUCGUGCUCAAUCACUUUACUCCGUCCAAGGGGAAAGUCGUAAAUCCCCAAAGACUUACCGGUAUGGCACGUGCGAAAUACGACGCCAGUUUGGUCAUGGAAGAGUUGGAGAGGCAGGCCAGUGAGGCUUGGGGAAUGGGUCAAGCAGUCGCGGCAACCGAUUUGAUGACCAUACAAGUUGCCUCCCAUGAA